AUGGAAAACAACUCAACUGAAUCAUUUAUCGAUAUCAUUGCAACGGAAUCAAGUGAUCAGCUUAUCGACAAUAUUCUUUCAGUGUCAAAUACAACUACAGCAGCUUUCGAUAAUAUCGCGAGUCCAAUGUUUUUCGAUACCAUUGCAAACAACUCAAAUGAAACAUAUCCCGGUAUCAAUGCAACGAAUACCACUGAAGUUGCCCUCGAUAUCGUUGCUGUGAGCUCAUAUGAAAUAUUUCUGGAUAUCAUAUCGGCGUGCAUCUAUAUCGCCGUGUUCAUAGUUGGUACAGCUGGUAAUAUUCUGGUUUGUAAUAUCGUCUAUUCUAACAAGAAACUAAGAACUGCACUAAACAUCCAGCUAGUAUCACUGGCAAGUGCAGAUUUGAUAUUUUGCAUUAUUAUUCCAUUGGUACGCGUUAUUUCAAUGUUGAUAAGCGUUCUGCACGGGGAAUUCAUUGUUGAUGGUCUGCUUUGUGCUUUUCAGAUGUUUGUUUUUUAUAGUUCAGGUAUCACAACAAUUGUUACUUUGGGAAGUAUAAGUGUUAUCAGAGCAAUAGCUAUACGAAAUAAGUGUUCAAAUAACACCAAAAAAAUGAUUAUUAUAGGUUCGAUUGUAGCUAGCUAUGCCAUAGGUGUAGGGUAUGGUAUACUGAAGGUUUCUGCUGGCCAUGACAACACUUGCAAUCCAAAACCAACUAGUCAAAAAGUGUUGAAUAUUACAAGAUUUGGUAUAUCUAUUGUAUUUACAAUGUUUUUUACACUUGUGAUAUCUUAUUCCUACAUCUACCACGUGACUGCAAAAAAUGAGAAGGCUCUCAAAAAAACAAUGGACGUAGGGAGCUGUUGUGUACAAGGACGACGUAAGCCAAGGAACAUUACUGCAUUUAGAAUAGCCGUAAUUAUAAUAAGUAUAUUUACAAUAUCAUAUAUAUCGAUUGCAGUACACGCUUUUCUUGUAGUUAAUGAUGUCAUGCUUAGAAACGAACAUGAAAGUAACUUCACUGUAUCGUUAGCGAGCUUGGGUAGCAUGUUAAAUCCGAUUGUGUACUCACUGACUUCCAGUCAGUUUAAGAAAUACCUACCAUGUCAGAGAAAAGUUGCACCAUUAUUGGAAUAA